UUGAAGAAAUAUACAGUAUGUUAUCUUACGUAAUGAUGUUACUUGUGUUUGGGGCCAAUUAGACACCAAACAUAAGUAACUCUAACUCCUUCUAGACCUCUAACUCCCUCUUAGACCCCUCAUAAAUAAACUGUUAUUAAACUCCAAUAACAGAAAUCCAUAUAGACUUAUCUGGGAUAGUAGGCAGGGAGGCGUAGUGAUGUAAUGUAAUGUGAUGUAAACCAAUCACAUAUACUGUUGAUCAUAUAUGAAAAUCCACUGUGUGAUGUUUUAUAGCUGGGUUGUCUGAGACAAAAGCAGUUUGUCAUUUUUAUUGUAGCAAACUUCUGAAAUAAUCUUCUCAGUUCAUAGUCAUGUUUAUAAGCAGUUCUCAUAAAACUCUCCUAAAGUAGUGUACUUUUCCCAGUUAAUUGGACACUUGAUGUAGCUUUUCAUUUCCGUUCUUUUGGAAAGAAUAAAGGAGAACAAAAAAAAUCCAACAUCCUCGUAUAAAUUGAUGUGUAACCUAUAAAGACACUAUGGUGUGGUUUUUAAAUUGAAUAUGUGUACAUUUUAAGAAAGUUAAUUCAUUAACCAUAAUGUUCAGUUUGGGGUCUGCUGAUAAAACAAUGUUAAGUAUGUUUUUUGAGAGCUGUUAAAGAAGGCCCACUCUUUGACAGUUCAGAUUAUCCUCUGCAAGAUUAUCAGAUAUACCUCUGAGGAUGUGCUUGCUACAGAGGCAAUUGCAAUAUUCCAGUGAUGGAGCUGAUUUGCAACCACAGUCAACGUGCUUCAAGACAGCUGUGUGGAUUAUAAACACACAUGCACAAGACCGCUUUGCAAAAAAAGGGAACAGGAGACAGAUGAAAGGCAUUUUCAGCUUGAACACUUAAGCAGUACAGUAAGAACCACAAACAGUAAUGUGAUAGUUCACAUGACUGACACCAAAAAUGUAAUGCCUGCAUGUUUAUACAGUGAAUCAUGCUGAUAUUGCAUACACUAAAAUAAAUUGUCCAUAAAAAAAUCAUAAAAACCUGUUAUCAAUUGACCAUGAUCUUAUGAGCAAUAAUUGUGUUUGUCAAUGUUUCCAUGUUGUCACGUAUAUAUAAGGUUUAAGCAAUGAAGGAAGGAAUAGAUACAAAACAGGAAAGUCCAGAGAGAGAAAUUCCAGCCUCGGGAACAAGAUUGACCAAGUUGACGUAAGGAAAAUGUUGGUGAGAUGUGGUUGACUCAUAAGUUCAAUUUAACCUUUCAAUAGGCCUAUGUAAAGAAAGAAUCACUCAAUGAGAGAAAUCUCAGUGUGAAUCUUUUAAAACUAUUGAAGUGAAGGGUUUGGCUUCACUGUUGGCCUGUUAGUGUUACAUUGGAACAAGCCAUUAGAAAUCCAGUCCUUUGUCUACAUAGCUGAGCCAACACCCAUAUUCUCACCUGCUCAUGUUUCUUUUCCUUUUUCUUAUCUCAGUCUCAUCACCCUAUCUGCUGUUCAUUGUGAUAUUUUAUCCUACUCCUGUUGUGUUUCGGAUGUGGCAUCCUUCUUGUACCGUGCCAGCUCAAUCCAGUAUUUCCUCUGUUUUCUUGAAGUCUAAAUGUUACAUUUGCCCUGUUUCCCUGUGUUUUAUUUUGUUACAGUACAUACAUGAUCUCACUAACCACCUCCAAAAUUAUCCAAGUCUAUCAGACUAAAGCAACAGAGCUAUCAGUAAGGUGUAUCUAUUUAUCUAUCUUGCUUUUGUGAUGUCUUUUGAGACAGGGUUUUGUGUGGGUAUAAAUAAAGCUGACAUAUAGAAAUGAGGAUUUGUCAAACUUGUUUUAAAGAUGACAUACUGCUAAAUGGCAUGCAGACUUACAGGGCUUGGUGUACAUACUUCUGUAAGGAAUCCUCCGUGGGAAUAUAAUAUACUCCCAUGGAGAAUUCAGUUUUGCUUUGUUUUUUUUUUUGUCUUUUUUUUUUUAACAAUCUAUUUUCAUGAGAGGGAACAAAAAGACAAACAAGGGAACAAAAACUCCUGCUGGGACUGUGCAACAGGGUGCUGAGGCAUUUCAGAAGGCUUAGCAUUAUUGGUCGCAACUAUGUCAUAAAAGGUCCUGACAAGGGACAAACUGAAAAUGAAAUAUGAAACUUGCCCGUCGGAAAGUGAACAAACAGGUAAGUUACUGCACAGCUACAUCUGGCAGACAACAUAUAUGUGAAAAUGUAAAUAGCCAAGUACUCCCAAAGUUAUAUUGUGCAGUGUUUAAAGGGUGAUUUAAAAUUGCCGUAUUAGUCAGUGAAGCACAGUAAGUGGAAGUGAGUAAAAGGUGGCCGAGUACCUUUGUUCACACAGUAGCCGACUUGAAAGUGAAGUUCCUCUGGACUUCUCUAUUUUAAGUGAUGUGAGGAAAUUUCCCCUGAAAUGUCAGUCACUCGUAUAAAAGCAACACAGGACCGCCAGUUUCUCAUCCUACACAUUAAAGGCAAGAUGAAGUUUUUUGAGGUCAGCAUCAUCUGUGCACUUCUACAAUUCAGUUACCAAAAACCCACGAGCCAUGAGACUUUGCUGCCCAACAUUCUGGUUGUGGAGGUGGAUGGCGCUUUGGGCCAGCAACCCCUGAGCUGUCUGGACUCUGCAGAGGAGCUGAUGAGGAGAGAUGACAAGGGUCAGGAUAUUUUUUGGAAGAAGAACGGAGUGGAGGACGCACAGAGAGGGAACUCGUACCUGGUGCAGCUGGAGGAGAGCUUAGGAGGGGGCAACUACACCUGCCACAACAAGGACGGAUCGCUCCUCAAUCACACUAUGGUCCUGAUUCAAGAAGACGGAACCAAGAGGAGGAAGAUUCUGGUGAAAAAUGACCAAGAGGAUUAUUUAAAGUGCUCCACUCAGAAUUACACCGGAGAGUUCCACUGCUCUUGGACGUGGCACAGCAGCCGCAUUGGGAAAGUAACAUUUAUCAGAGCUCGACGUGUUUCUGAUGACAAUGACACCCAGUGUUCUGUGGAUACCAGCGGUCAGCACUGGACAUGCUCUUCAAGUCAGAGAAACUUCACUUGUUCAAUAGACAGCAGCGGAUAUGGGAUCUCCUGCCUGGACGAGCAGCACUGCCCCUUUGCUGAGGAGAACCAGCAAAUCCACAUCACUGUCUAUGUGAGGACGGCGUAUUUCCUGGUGGAGAGCUACUCUAAACGCUUUUACCUGUCAGAGAUAGUGAAACCUGACAAGGUGAGGAUCAGUAAAGUCAAUACAACGAUGAUCAAAUGGACUUACCCAAGCUCCUGGAGCAGUCCCUACUCCUACUUCCCCCUCACUUUCCAGAUUACGCAGCUCAGGCGGGGAUGCAGAAGGUGUGACAACCCGUGCACUGACUCAAAAGCCACAAAGACCUGGACAGUCCAAUCUACAGACAUUUGUCACUUUGAAGUCAAGCACAAAGCUAAAGCUGUCUGUGUCCGAGCUAAGGAUGCUCUUUGUGACUCACAAUGGAGCGAAUGGAGCCACUUCAGACUGAGGAGGAAGAAGAACAACAAAAAGAACAAAGAU